AGGUAUUUUACUGGAGUGUUGAUCACAAACUGUAAUAAUGAAGGUUGUUCUGUGGAUUAUUUUGCAAAUCCUUGCAUCUUCCCAGUGUCUUCAUCCUUACCCGAAGAUAAACCUAAGCAAAAGGGCCGUCGGAGAUUGUGGUGAGCCUCUAUUACUAACACCACAUAUUGAAAAUGGUCAAAUAGCCGAAGCGAAGCAGCUAGCGCGAGUUCCAAUAACAGAUGACUUGGGCAUCGAGAGCUACGCGGGCUUUUUCACGGUCAACAAAACCUUCGACUCGAAUCAGUUCUUCUGGUACUUCCCGAGCGUGGAAACAGAUAAAGAAAAGGCGCCUGUACUUUUAUGGCUACAGGGUGGCCCCGGAGGCUCAUCCAUGUUCGGUCUUUUUAAGGAAAAUGGACCAAUACGAGUAAGGAAUGGCAGUUUUGAGCGUAGAGAAUACCACUGGGCGUUGAAUCACCAUCUCAUUUACAUCGACAAUCCGGUUGGCGCAGGAUUCAGCUUCACUAAUCACGAGGAAGGAUAUCUCUCUGACGAGAUACAAGUCGGUGAGCAGCUCUACUCCACCCUGACUCAGUUCUUCAAGCUGUUUCCGGAACUACAGCAAAAUGAGUUCUUCAUUAGCGGAGAGUCUUAUGCUGGAAAAUACGUCCCAGCUCUAGGCUACACUAUCCAUAAGAAAAAUCCUUCAGCGGAAAGCAAAAUAAACCUCAAAGGCUUAGCCAUUGGCAAUGGUUUAAUCGAUCCUGUUAACCAGGUUGUCCUUUAUAGCGAAUAUUUGUAUCAAAUAGGGCUUGUCGAUUUGAACCAACGAACAACAAUUAAGGGAUAUGAAGAUAAACUUAAGAAGCAUAUAGAAAACAGUGAAUGGGACCAAGCGAGCGAUAUAUUUGACACUCUUCUUGGGAGAGACAUGCUUGAAGGCAAAAGCUACUUAACCAAUGUGACCGGUUUCAAUUCUUGGUUUAAUUACUUACGUACAGAGGACUACGGUGACGGAGAGGACUUCGGUCCCAUGCUGCAGAACAGCACUGUUCGGAAAGGCAUCCAUGUGGGACAAGCUUCUUACAACGAAUCAUCAACUAUAGUAGAAAAACGAUUCAAACACGAUAUAAUGCAGUCUGUCGCUCCGUGGUUGUCUGAACUACUAAGUCACUACAACUGUCUUAUUUAUAACGGGCAAGUGGACAUAAUACUAGCUUAUCCUUACACGGUCAACUACUUGCGGAAGCUGAACUUUUCAGGUUCAGAGGAAUAUAAAACAGCUGAACGUAAUUUUUGGAAAGUGGACGGGGAGCUGGCUGGGUACGUGAAGCGAGCCGGGAAGCUGGUAGAGGUCCUGGUGAGGAACGCUGGGCACAUGGUGCCGACGGACCAGCCGAAAUGGGCCUGGGACAUGAUUACACGGUUCACACAUCACAUGUCCUAUCUGACUUGA